UUUUUAAUCAUCAACGUCUUUACCUUUAAAAAAAGAGAACUACUUUACACUACAAUUUUGUAAUUGGAAAAUGUAAAAGAUAUAAGCCAAUUUAACAUUAAACCUAUCCAAUAUAUGAUAUAUAUUUUUCAAGAGUACAGUUGACAGUUGUUGUCUGUCGUCAGUCUUGCGCAUUUAAAAACACAAAUGUGUCUCUGUACUUAUUUCUGGAUUGUAUGUCACGUGGUCGGGGUGACAGUUGCUGCUGACAGAGAAAUAAGAGGCAAUUCUUCACGGAAUUAUUAAUAAAUCCAAUACAUUCAUAAUUAUUAUUUUUGAAAGAAUCUAGAGUUUAUUUCGUUGUGACGCGCUGCCUGGUGGAAUUCAGAAGGACUUUUGCGCCUGUGAGUGUUUCCAUAUAGGCUCGGGCUAGUGAAGAUAUUUUAUACAGAAGCCAUACCGUUUGCGGUUUCCAUCGACUGGAAUAUAUUUUAACUUCUGACUGAGUGGAAAAUUCAUUACGCUAUAUUCUACUUUAUGGACCAUUCAAAGACGUCUGGUAAUUUUGCACUUUAACAGGAAAUAAAUUGUAUGAGUACUGACUGCUGUUUGCAUGGUUUUUGCCUCAACGUCAACGGAUUGAAUUCGUGGUUUUCACUGCGACUUGUGAUUCAAGCACUCGGACACAACCUAUCAAUCACUAAGCAUUAUGCGCCUGGCUGCGGGUUUUUACUGGUUUCUAAGGACAGAGGACAUGCUGCCACAAAAUAAUACUAAGAUACGGAACUGUCAUAAAUAAGUUGACACUUGGUUAAACGACUAACAUUUUGUGAGGUGCAGUGCGUUCUUUAAUUUGCCGGUGCCUUGCUAUCAUCACGCCUUGCUAUCAUUAGGUCUCCUCGGCGGAUACCUGUAUCGGAAGCAACAGGCUGCUCACCGUGCACUGGUGAGAAAGUCCGCUUUCAUGUUAGAUUUACUUCCUCUAUGUUUUGUGCUAUACGCUACGAACGGAGUGUGAGCAGAAACUAUUGCUGGCAAGAGGCAGUUUAAACUGUGAUAGUGGUGAACAUAUGUUGGGAACAGACGCACCCAACUAAGAAUUGCGGGCGCAGUGCAUUUCGUUUACGCGCAGGCAACACAGCUGUGGAAAACCGACUGUUACAUGUGGAGUGGUGACGGUUCAUGAGAUAGCGAAAGAGGGCGGUCAAAACACAACACUGGCUAAACAGCGUGCCUUGGCUAUUGUUUCAUAUCUAACUCCCGGGAGCUAGAAUACUUAAUUUGCAGUUCAUUCAGACAGCUCCACAUCUAGAUCUACACCUUCAAGACAGAUACGCAUGCCCCAGAGGAUCUCCGCAAGGCAGUACUCUAUGCCCGCCCUGGUGAUGCCAUGCCACGCAACCACAGCGGAGAUGAAGGCGGCACGGGGCUCUGGAUGAAAACCUCGCCGGGCCACCGCGCGGAGGGCUACGACUUGAAGGAUGUGGAGUCCGGACGAAGGAUGAUGAACAACGCCAGUGCCGGGGACGGUUUGCUGUCGGCCACCAGCCCCACAAGCACCGGAGGUUCGGAGAGACUGAGGGGAAAGCAGGGGGCCCGGCUGAGCUUGUUGGGGAAGCCGCUCAUAUAUAGCGCUCAGAGCGGCCGAAGAAACGUCCGAUACCGGAGGCUACAAAACGUACUGUACAACGUGCUGGAGAGACCACGAGCAUGGGCGUUCAUCUACCACGCGUUUGUGUUCAUCUUGGUCUUUGGCUGCCUGGUCCUGUCUGUGUUCUCUACCAUUCCAGCUCAUCAGGACUUCUCAUCUCGCUGUCUGCUGAUCCUGGAGUUUGUGAUGAUCGUGGUGUUCGGCUUGGAGUACAUAAUCAGGAUAUGGUCUGCCGGCUGCUGCUGUCGCUACCGAGGAUGGCAAGGGCGCCUCCGCUUCGCCCGGAAGCCCUUCUGUGUCAUAGAUAUCAUUGUGCUGAUAGCGUCCGUGGCGGUGGUGUCAGCAGGGAGCCAGGGUAACAUAUUCGCCACGUCCGCCCUGCGUAGCCUCCGCUUCCUGCAGAUCCUGCGAAUGGUGCGCAUGGACCGGCGAGGGGGCACCUGGAAGCUCCUGGGAUCGGUGGUGUACGCACACAGCAAGGAGCUGGUGACAGCCUGGUACAUUGGCUUCCUGGUGCUCAUCUUCUCUUCCUUUCUUGUCUACCUUGUGGAGAACAAGAUCAACAGCGAGUUUGCCACGUAUGCUGACGCCCUGUGGUGGGGAACAAUCACCUUGACAACAAUUGGUUACGGGGACAAAACCCCAAAGACAUGGACCGGACGCAUGCUCUCAGCUGGGUUUGCACUACUGGGCAUCUCUUUCUUCGCUCUACCAGCUGGGAUCCUGGGCUCAGGCUUUGCCCUGAAAGUCCAGGAGCAGCACAGACAGAAGCAUUUUGAGAAAAGGAGGAACCCUGCUGCUUGUCUCAUCCAGUGUGUCUGGCGUAGUUAUUCGGCUGAUGAGAACUCGGUUUCCAUUGCUACCUGGAAGCCUCAUUUGAAGGCGUUGCAUACCUGCAGCCCUACAAAAAAGGACCAGGGAGAAUCAUCCACAAGUAAGGUCCUCAGUAGUAAGCAGAAGUUACUGAGGAGGUGUACCCUACGGAAACACGCUAGCCAAAAGUUGAGUUUUAAAGAACGAGUCCGGAUGGCCAGCCCCAGAGGUCAGAGCAUCAAGAGCCGGCAGAUGUCCGCAAACGACCGGCGCUCGCCUGGCGCCGAGACUGGGGGUAGGGAGGGCACCAGCCCUGCCAAGGUCCAGAAAAGCUGGAGCUUCAAUGACCGCACCCGCUUCAGGCCAUCCCUCCGCCUCAAGAGCCAGUCAAGAUCCACCGCUGACGCUGACUCCACCGUGACUGCUGAGGAUGGGUUCGGGGACGACAAAGGCUGUCGCUGUGAAAUCUCUGUGGAGGACUUGUUGCCCUCCGUCAAGUCUGUAAUCCGGGCCGUCAGGAUUAUGAAGUUCCACGUAGCUAAGAAAAAGUUUAAGGAGACCCUGCGACCGUACGACGUGAAGGAUGUGAUCGAGCAGUACUCUGCUGGACACCUGGACAUGCUGUGUCGAAUCAAAAGCCUGCAGACACGGCUUGACAUGAUAGUGGGACCCCAGCCCCUGACCAGCCGAUCCAAGACAUUUUCCUCCCCCUCUCUGCCCGUGUAUUACAGCCAGGGCAGAAAGAACUCCACACAGGGAGUGGACCAGAUUCUGGGUAAGGGCCAGAUUCCCCUGGACAAGAAGAUCCGGGACAAGCUGCUGUCGGAAGGAGACCUGAUUGAGGAUAUGAGUAUGUUAGGAAGAGUCUGCAAAGUGGAACGGCAGGUCCAGUCCAUUGAGUCCAAGAUAGACUCCCUGCUGGACAUCUACCGCCAGGUGUUACGCAAGGGCUCCUCCUCGGCUCUCGCCCUCUCCUCCCUGCCCCUGUUUGAGCUGGAGCAGACCUCCGACUACCAGAGCUCCGUCCUCUCCAAGGAAAACUCCACAUGCUCCACUCAGGCCGGCAGCGCCGGCGGUGACAUGGGCAGCGCCCAGGGCGGGGGUUUCACACACUCCUCCAUCCACGCCUCAAAUCUGUCCCACGGCCUCCACCUGAUCCUGGCGCCUCCCGACGAGCUCGGCCUCGGCAACAGCAACAACGGCCCACCUUCCUCGUCCACCUCAUUCAGUCCGUCGCCCCUUCCAGACCGUCGUCAUCAUCGUCGUCAUUGUACCCUGCCCGAAUGUGGGGAAUCGGCCCGCACGGGAACUGUCUCCCACCCGUCCCCGAUCCUGUCUGACAGCGGCGGGUUCCCCACUUUGGCCAGGCCUCCACCGCCCCCUGCCAGCCGGGCAGUGGGCCCUUUCAGGCCACAGAGGGAGGCCGCACGGGACCUCUGCGCCGGCGCGGACGUGAGCCUGGGCGAGGACUGCGCCGGUGGGGCCCCGGGACCGGGACAUCCGGGGCGACCACACGGAGGGGACAGCGGCGGCGGUCGGCCUGGCAACCCCAAGGAGGAGGGCUCCUGGAGGAGACACAUGAGCCUGGAGAUGGAGCCUCUGGUGCCGCUCUCCUUGGCCCUGGAAGGUGGCUGCCGCCCUGCUGGCUCCAACCCGAGCCAGGCAGACCGAGGCCUGGGCAAAUCCAUGUCCGUCCAGGACCUGAUGCAGGGCGGGACGACCACCUCCGGCGCCUCGGAUGGGCGUCGUCCCCACCACCCCAGCCUGAGCCUCUCCUCCCCCAGCCCCUGCAAUAGCGACUCCCCCACGGGCUCCCGUGGCAGCAAGGAACCUGGCGGCGGGGGAGAAUGGGGGGAGGAGGACCUCUUUAUCUGUGACAGGGACGUGGACGCCCUCUCUUUCCCCGCCGAGGCUCGGGGCGGAGCCUCUGGCUUUGAUUUCCUGUCCCAGGGGACUGCAGACACCCCCUCUUACUCCGCUGAGCUUCUGAGGACGGGGGCGGGGCUCGGGGCCCGGGGAGGGUCCAAUAGGAGCGUGGCGAGUGGGAGCGGGAACACAUCGACUCCACCCUCUGCCGGAAGCACUGAGUCCCUGAGCAUGCCACACGUACGGCUAAAAUAAGACAUGGCCCAGUGUCGAACGGACCAAUCAACCAGCCUCAACUUACAGACGGAGUUUGUCGUGUUUUGGGAGGGGGGAGCAGGGAGGGGACUAAUGAUAGUUCCUUUAGUUGAUUUUUAUGUUGACUUAUUUGAUAAAAAGCAUAGUAUUUUUCAUACAUGUUGACCAUACGUGAGCAUAUCAUUGCAUGAAUUAUUAUUUUUUUAAAGUAUGGUUAAGAGGGGAAAAAGAGGCAGUGUAUAAAAAGACUUGUUACACGCAUAUUAAAAAAAGAAACAAGCAAAACUUGAUCCUGAAAGACAGUGAGUUGAUCUGUGAUCUCAACACUGCAUGAACACUGCAUGUUUUCAGUACAAAGUACAUGGAUGUCUGUAUUUACAAUUAAUACUUCAGUAACAAAGAAGGUAUAUGGAUGCCUGUCAGCUUUACAGCAAAACCCUACUAGAAACCUCAUAUUUGAUUUUAACACAUGUAAUCACAAUGUACAGUAAAGGGUUAAAGUGAGGGACACACAAUGGGGCAAGUUAAAUGCUUACAUGAAAGCGAUAUCUUACUGUUUCUCUAAAGCUUUUUAGGUGGCCAUCUUUAAAUGAAUGUUGCCUCAGCAAGGCUGUGUUUUUUUCCAUUGCUGUUACCAUGGAAACAUGUUGGUUCAAAACACCCUUAGUUGUAAUGAUAGGGGAACAUAGGUCUUUUUGAAGUGCCAAGUCCAAGUCUGUGAUAGCUUAAGGUCAAUUCCAUGCCAAUGAUAUGCCACAAGGUAACACACACAGUUUACAUGGAACCACUGUACACAAGCUGCUAUUCAGUCCCAGGUACAGCCGACAGCAACACAGAAGAGGAAUAGCUGCUAAAACCAUAGAACAAUUAUUCCUAGAAUACAUUCCACCAAUCAUGCCACAUUGACUUGAUUGGAGAUGCCCAUUCUAGUCAUUUCUAUUCCUAGAAUACAGCUUAUGAACAUAGUCUGCUUUUUCUACCUUACAACCAUAGUAUCUACAUUCUGAAUGUUAUUUUUUGAGAUAACUGUGUAUCUCCUCUUUGGAAUUCUGACUUAUUUUCGGCUCUUGUUACACUGUGUAUUGGUAAGAGAGCAGGGCAAAAAUAUAAUGUUGGGACCCUCUUUUAAUGAAAUGAAAAUAUUGUCUUACAGUACAUGAUUUCAGUCUAUAUCAAGCUGUCCAGCUGAAAUUCUUCUAAUACAUUAACAUAGGACCCUUCUACAUGGAGACCAGCGAGGUCACGUUUGAGUUAGAUUAGGUUGUGUCUACGUUCAGCCUGUUAGUUUAAGGGGCAGUUGAAAUAUUUCUGGAAGGAGGGCUGGUCCAAGGCGGCGUGUCAUGCGCCCAACAUGUUGCAGUACCUCCAUUUCAUUCCAACUAAAUACGUAUGAAAUUUCACUUGAUUUGAAAAAUGUAGUUCUAAUUAUAGAAAUAUGACUAUGCGAUAUAUUUUCCACCAACAGGUUUCUGUGCAAAUUCACUUUGUAAGCAACUCAGAGGUGACAGGCUCGGAGCGCAUCAACCACCAUUGGCUUUUUCAAUACUACAAUCAAAUGAAUAUACUCUAUGUACGGUACAGAUGUGAGAAAUGGAAAACACAGUCCUCUCUACAUUGCAUCCAUUAUCGUACAAUUAGGAUGAAUAUCUCUGAAUGUCAUUGACCUCUUUAACAUUUAGUAACAAAUGUUUGGUUUAAGGUUGAGGAAUAGGAUUGGAAAUUUACAGGACGCUCUGCUUUCCUGAGUAACUGGACCUGAUGGGAGUACAGACGUAUGUACACACUUAAAAAUAGGCAGUGCCGCUUACUGUUAUCGUUAUCGAAAUGUGGUUUCCAUGUUUGUUCAGACGUCGAUCUGAGUAUUCAACCUUUACCCACUGAAAAAUAAUGCAAGUGUUGAAUUCCCAAUGUGUUCUCGCUAUGCUUUUUAACAUCCUAAAGCAUGACCAAAUUCCAAUGGAAAAAAUGAUGUCAGCUGUGUAUCAGUUGUCAUGUUCGUGUUUUCACUAUGCUUUCAACCAUUUAAAAGCACAAAACAGACAAGUUACAACUAAAAAUGUUAAUACAAUGUCAGGACUUUUUUAUAAAAGCACAACAGUUCAAAUUAAAAUACAGAUAUUUUGUAUUUACGCAAAAUGUUAUCGCUUGUAGUCCAUGUUAAAUUACCACACAUUCUUUUGGGAUUGCAGUUUACUUUCAAAUCAGCCAGCUUAGUAACAAGAAACGUAACCCCACUGAAUAUUAUAGCAGGCCUAAUUGUGAAAAUCUCCACAGACUUGCUUUCUUGAACAUGCACACUUUCAAUUGUCAUAGUAAAAUAUUUGGCCAUGCUACUGAAGGUUAAAUAAUGUUAGAUUAGUUUAUAAGAUAGACUUACCUUUGCAAUAUUUAGUGUAUAAAAAAGUAAUAAUUAAUUUUGUUCGGUUGACGAACGAAAAAAAAAACACAUCUACAUUAAGGAGACAUAUCUAAUGCUUGUUUCGUUCAAGCCACUGGUUCAAUCUUAAUGUUUAGCAAUUAUUUGUUGGUAUAGUUGGAGACGAAAUUGGCUUUAAUUAAAUUGUGUUUGGUUGUCAAAGCACAUAGCUUUAGGAUGUUGGAUGAGAACUUCAGAUAAUGGCUUAAAUGUCAAAUGUAAUUUAAGUUCCACACCUGAGAGCCACUCGGUAGCUGGUUAUUAGUUUGACAGCAGGCUUGUUUGACAGUGGCCAUUCCAUUGGUUCUCCACCUGCCCAGCGCACAUAAUCAGUUUUCUCACACAAACAAACAUUGCACAAUUUUGUGCCACUCCGUAAAAAUAACACACACAACCUUCUCUAAAACAAAUCUUUGACCAGCCCUCUCCAGACAAUACAUUUUGUACCAGCACCCCACUUCCCGGUUAAUUUCAAACUGUCCCUUACUGAAAUUAUUCUGUCCAUUGUUGAAUUGGACAUUAUAAUAGGUUUGGUUAGCUAAGUUAUGUUUUUGUCAUUAUCAUGGCCAUGGCUGUGGCUGUCUAGCUCAUUGCUGGCUACUUGGAUCUUGUCUGAUUCUGCCGGCAAAUUAAUACAUUUCUAGCCACUAAUGUGUUCAAUUAUAGCCACAAGGGACGCUUUGUGAAUACUUUCUGAAAGGUUUUGCAUUAUUUUCCAGAGAACACAUUGCCCCUCGUGCAUUAUCCCUUAUAAACCUGCCAGGCGGUAGAAUGUAUAAACUGUGACGCUAAUCAUCUGUAAAUUAUGUUUUGCACUCCCUGAUGAGCAGUGUGAGCGACAUCAUGGCUAAUGCUAACAAUUAGACUUCUUCACUUAAGGGGUAGAUCACACAAAUCACUAAAUGACAUUGUUUUCCUUAUCUGUCUUCGGACUGGACAAAGAGAGACAGAAAUGAUUGACCGUAAUUCAUUUAAUGGGUAGUGAAGUAAAUGUUUGGGUGGACUAUCCCUUUAAAUUACAGGGCCUUGUUCAGGGUGGCACUAUGUAAAAAUGUAUUUUGAAACAGAAUGCACAUUUUUACGUUUUAAUUGGGCAUGCUCAGGUAGUGGACUUCUCCGGUUUCAAAAUGUGUUGUAAGAUUUCUUCCCGACUGAACAAGUUCCGGGUAAGGACUAUUGGGUGUUUCACCAACGGAUGUUUCAAUGUUUCAACGGAAAGAAAAAUAUUCUAACUAAAUGUUGUCCUGUACUUUACAUCCACAGCUCCCGUACACUUUCUGUUGAAAAUAGAACCGACAAGGGUUGAUUAUAUCCACAUUGAAGGCUUUACCAAAAUAUGUAAAGUAUACCAAACAUGCAGCACAUAUGGUGCCUUUCUUAUAUAUUUUCAAUUUUACCGUUUCUUUUGUUCCCAACAUGUGGGUUGUUGUCCUUCUGUCCUGAAUAAUAUCUCACAUACUUGACAUUUGUUUUGUCCCAGGGCAUUAUUUAUACACGGACAGAGCUGGGCAUUAUUUAUACACAGACAGACCAUGUAAGCCUAUUACCAAACAAUACAGGCCUUUAAAAAUGUCCUCCCUCUGUCUCAUAUCAUUACCCUAACUUAUUGAAACGAUGUGCACACACCUAUAUGACGAUACUUUUAGUUAGCUCAAUCAAGCCUGUAAUCUUGUCAAAAAUGCAAA